AUGACCGUGCGGCGUCCCAUGCGCCCUGGUCACCUGGCCACCUCCGUUUGUGACCAGCCCGUGAGAAACAUCACUUUGACUGCUCUGAGCGGCGUAUUGGAGGCCCCUGAACAGACCAACUGGACUCACCUACCCGACUACGCGCUCAACACGGAGAUCCUCUGGACGCUGGACAUUCACGCCUAUCACAUCAACAUCACUGUGGAGCAGCUGGAUCUGGAGCCGACAGCUAACGACUUUAUCAUAUGCGGCUACGGGAGUGGACCCUGGGACUCCGAGCCCGCUGGUGACCUGCUCACCGGCGUGUUCAGCACCAGGAAGUACCACAUUCCGGGCGGAAAUGCGUUCGUAUACUUCCUGUCGGGGGGCCACGCCGAGCCCCGAACACCGUUCAUCAUCAGCUACGUCGCAGAGGAGAUCGCCGGCUCAACCACCACCGUGUCGAGCACGACGGACAAGAACCACCCGCCGACGCCGAGCGACCGCUCGUUCGACCUGGCCGUGUACGUGACGGGCACCGAGCCGCGCCGCUUCCUCAACAGCUCCACCGGCGCCACCGCGCAGCUGCAGGAGCAGCUCGCCCACUUCACCAACAUGUACCGGAUCGAGUACAACAUCAACACGUGGCGGCCAGUGCACGCCGACGACAUCCGGUUCGAUUUCUGGAGCAUGUGCGACUACUCCUCCGGCUGGGUCAAGCCCGAUCCGACGUGUUUCCGGCUGACGUGGUAUGUGGAGAUCGUCUCGGAAGACGGCGACUGGGUCUUCUUCACGGACGACCUGGUCCAAGUCAUCGUCAAGUUCGGUGAUAAGAUCAACAACGCGCUCAAGUACAAGGUGUCCUUGUACCUGGAGGAAAUCAAUGAAAAGUGGUGGUAUGGCAUUGCUAUUGCUGUCCCUCUCGUCCUCCUGGCCGCAUUUCUACUGUUUGUUUUCUUCAGCCGCUCAACCCCGUCCAGGAAAAGAGACCAGCCGUCAGACAGUAUGGACAUGGACGAUGGCUGUCUGGCGGACGACGUGAUCGCUGGGAAGGACGUCACCGCCAUCUCUCGGGAAGUGAAGACGAUUCCCGAGGACAAAGACAAACAGCUGCGCGACAUCUUCAACGACGAUGACUACCAGGACUAA